CUGUCAUUCCGCAACAAAACUUUUGCCAGAAACUCAACAAAGCUCGGAAGGUGUAAAUUUCUUCGUGGAAAAGUGCAUUUAACCCGCUGCAUUUCGCGUAAAACGGGCCCCGGACCCUUGGUGCAGCCGUGGGCGAUGCUUUUGUGGCCGUGAAGCAUGCAGCAAACCGUGUGCAACGUUUCCCAUGAUUGCGGGUCGUAGUUGGUGGUAGAAGAUGCCUGACGUCACGCACAGGUCGACGACGACGGCUAUGCUGUUCCUUGGUAGACAUGUGCUUCGUAAACACUGCGCCUAGAGCGAUCAACUGCCGGCAAACAGUGCAAUAAGUGCAUUUACUCGAGCAUACAGCAUUUUCGCGAAGAAAAACAGGACAUCAGUCGAAACAGGAAGAACUUUUAUUGCCCGCUAAGGAGCAGAUCAAAUCGUAGUGAAUAAGUGUGUGUGUGUCCUUUAGAGCAGGGCAUAGUCACGUGACUACGGUACGAAACCUGGGAUGAACAUGGACGAUAAAAACUCGACCGGAAGUGGGGGAGGAGGCGGAAGCAGUAGCACUGGGGGUGGAAGUGGCGGUGGCGGUGGUGAAACGAAAGUGAUCUAUCACAUCGAUGAUGAAACGACACCGUACCUAGUGAAGAUACCGCUACCUGCGCCGCAGGUGACGCUGAAGGACUUUAAGCUGGUUCUGAACAAGCAAAACAUCAACUACAAAUACUUUUUCAAAUCGAUGGACGCGGACUUUGGUGUAGUGAAGGAGGAAAUUGCGGACGAUGCAACAAUACUGCCCUGCUUCAAUGGGAAGGUCGUGUCGUGGCUGGUGACGGCCGACGGUUCCAACCAGUCCGACUGUUCCGAGCUGCAGCCGACGGAGAUGAUCGAUGGGCGGCCAACGCUGGCCCAGCUGCGCAGCAUGAACAAACCCACGAUGAACAACAUGAUGAAUAUGCCGAUGAAUCCGCUCACCUACCAGUCGGCUUCGGUCGUGUCGAGUGAUCUCGACUCGACCAGUCUGUUCGAAACGGAGAGCGAAAUUACGCUCGAUCGUGAUAUGACGGAGUGCAGCAGCGUGCAGCGGUUGCAGGUGCGCAAGAAGCCGCAGCGACGCAAAAAGCGCGCUCCGUCCAUGUCACGCACCUCGUCCUACAGCUCGAUUACCGAUUCGACCAUGUCGCUCAAUAUCAUCACAGUGCAGAUCAACAUGGAUACGGUGAACUUCCUGGGCAUCUCCAUCGUGGGGCAGUCGAACCGGGGCGGCGAUGGUGGCAUCUACGUGGGCAGCAUCAUGAAGGGCGGUGCGGUCGCACUCGAUGGACGAAUCGAGCCGGGAGACAUGAUCCUGCAGGUGAACGAUGUCAACUUUGAGAACAUGACCAACGACGAAGCGGUUCGGGUGUUGCGCGAGGUCGUGCAGAAGCCCGGCCCGAUCAAACUAGUGGUGGCCAAAUGCUGGGAUCCAAACCCGAAGGGAUACUUUACGAUCCCGCGCACCGAACCGGUUCGGCCGAUCGAUCCGGGCGCGUGGGUGGCACAUACGGCAGCGCUGCGCUCGCAGGACACGAUCAACACCGAUCUGCCGGAAUCGGUGCUUGAGCGCCUGCACGCCGAUAUGGACAUGAAGGAUAUUGUACGUGCAAUGACAAAGCCCGACAGUGGGCUCGAGAUUCGUGACCGGAUGUGGCUCAAGAUCACCAUUCCGAAUGCGUUUAUCGGCGCGGACGUUGUCAACUGGAUACUGGAACACGUGGACGGUAUCGGAGACCGCAGGGAGGCCCGCAAGUACGUCUCGCUAAUGCUGAGGCGCGGCUACAUCAAGCACACCGUCAACAAGCUAACGUUCUCGGAGCAGUGCUACUACGUCGUCGGCAAUGGCAUCCGCCAGGACAUCUCGAACAUGUCGCUCGAGGACACGGAAAGCAUGCUGAGCGACAUCGCGCCACUGCCCAAUCCGCCGAUCUACAUGACGUACUCUGGCAACUACAACCCGUCUCACGGCUACCAACCGAUCCAGUACGGAUGCACCGGGGAGCGGCAUCCGUCGUCCGGGUCGAGCAGCUCCGACAUUCUUACCAGCAAGGACACGUCGGCCUCGCAGAGCGACCUGGCAGCCGUCAUACAGCAGACCAACCAGAUGACGAUCGCAAACGCAUCGAACAAAUCGUCCGGAUCAUCGAACCGCGGUAAUGAGCAAGACAUUUCAGCUACACUUCGUUUUGGUGAAGGAAACAGCAGCGGAGACUUUAAGACAACGAGAUUAGGCAGCGGAGGCAUCGGCGGCAAGCUGAUCAGCACGAAGGACGACGAGGGGUACGAGGACAGCAUCUACUUCCAGCAUCAGCCGAUGCAGCCCACUUUGCAGCAGCAACAGCAUCAACUUCAGCAUCAGCAAUCGUUCGGUCGAAACGGUAGUGGCCGAAAGGAAUCGGGACACAUAUAUAACAAUCAGUAGGGCAUAUAUAGAGCAGCAGCAGUGAUGAGAGCGGUCGUGCUUGUGUGUGGGUGAGAAGUGGGAGGGGGGGGGGGGUGGUAGGUGUUUGUUUACGGCAAGAUAUGGUCCUUCUGCCGAUUGCUUGGCUUCCGGUGUGAAGUAUAAGCCAAAAAUGCCAGAACUGCGCACAUUCAGAUAUAUACACAUACACAUUAUGCCACAAGAGUGCGGGGAGGGAUUUUAGGGCAGAAAACACCGUACUCCCCCACCCGUUUAGAGUAAAAUGAGAGAAGCCGUGGGAAGAACAUUGUAUGGGGGCCCGCGACGGACGGCGACAUUCGUCGACCGGUUGCGCGGGUGUGUACGGCAAGCACUCACUAUAUUCAAACUAUUGGAAAAGCAGGGAAAAACACUGAGCAUAAGUUAGCAAACAGAGGAAAAUUCGCUAAACUAACUCUGGGACAUAAGCGCUAGCCGUACACGUGUGUGGCGGCGGCUUGGCAUCGUAGUGAAAGUUAAGGAAAGUUGUAUGCCAAGGUGUGCGAAAAAUGCACGGCUGUCGGCAGGAGACGAUGUCCUCAUAAAACGUGGACGAGAGAUUGCAAAUAUGCACAGCGACAAGGAACGGAACAUUGACAAUGUUCAUAACGGGAAGCAGGGAUUGGAUACAAGCUACCACACUAGAGCAUUUUUGUAGGGACACCUUCUUUGCUUACCUAUUUGUUUUACGUAUCGCUUUUAACACAUAGUUGUUUUGCUUUUUUCUUCGUUUAUUUUGGCUAAUAACGAAACUGCGACAAAAGCGGCGUGGAAUGAGAUUGUUCUUUAUAACAUGUUCGUCGUUUUGCGCCAUCCUUCAGUUUGCUUCAGUUUUCCUGUAGUUAGGGACUUAUUCUUUGCUACAUUUGUUACAAAGUUUAUUUGGUCGGUCGCUUUGUGUUUUCCUGCUUUAUCUAUCUUCAUUGAGAUUUUUUAUCGUUGUAUGUAACGCCUUUUUACACCACAAAAACGACAAUUUUACGUUCGCUUCCGAAACCAUUGUAAAUGUGUUUAUUAUUACGAUUAUUAUUAAUUAUAUUAUAUUAUGAUUAUUUUGCAAAACAUCAAUUAUUUUAGAAGGCAAAAAUAUAUAUACAUAUUUUACAAAACGGAAAACGUUAGAGUAUUUAUACCGGAACUGAUGCUAAGCUAUAUAUUGGGAGUCUUAAUGGCGGGAAUUUAAUCUUAAACAAAGGCGUAAAAAAUGAUACAUACAGUUAGUAUGAGUGAAACAUGAAACAGAUACACGCAAAACAAACUAUAAGUUUAAGCAAAUUAUACGAACGGGACGGGAGGAGCAGAACCUAUAAAGGAAACCUAAAACUGAAUACACAAUUUACGAUUAGAUUGAACCAACUCACUUGUAAACGUGAACCGUGAAUAUAGCCGAGAAGAUUGUUCGGUGCGCUGCAAUGGAAUCGGAAAAAAGUAGUCAGUAUGUGUCAGUAAUUGGUGUGAACAAUCGAUGUACGUACACCCGCACGAUGCAUUCGACGGGCACAGUCAUAUUUGGUUCUGUGAAAUCGUUCUGCGUUCUCGAUACAAGCCGCCAACAUUUGCAUUUAUAUGUUUAUCAAGAGUGCCCGGCCAAAAAAAAACGAAGGCAGGGGGGCGAAGUAGCAAUUGCGAAAACAAAUGUGGCCAAAAGAAAUUUCUACAUACGUAACUCCACGUGCCCAUCGUUUGGUGCGUUUUGCGUGAUGAAUGUGCCCGCCUCGGGACGCAAUUUGGAAUGCAUCUAGAGCGUGAUGCCAGAGUGGUUACGUGUAAAGGUUAACCGACGAAAAUCCGAUGAUAUACGAAUUUAUUGUACGGCGAGGUAUCGUAGCAAGAAGUCAACAAAGAACUAACACAAAAUGUGACCAUAGGGCAAAACUUACUAUGUGGAAACCCGAUGUGUGAAUCAUUGGGUUUCGAUGGAGAUGUGGUAACGCGCGCAUGGGUUGACAAAGGAAUGAAAAUGCGAAUGGUCCUAAGUAGAGAGAGAGAUGUGCAUGGGUGUAAACGUGAAUGCCGGAUGAUGCAGGAAGAUUAAUGCAAAAUAAUAAAAUGCAUGAAAUACUUGAACUUGUAAAUCUA